CUUCUGCGGAUAUUUUCACGGUUCUAGCCAUGGGCGCUAAGUCUUCAAAACCAAUUCCCCCUUCCUCUCCUCUGGGACAGCUGUUGGAAGCCCUACAGCCCCACGCCUUAAUUCCUUCUGUUAAAUUAUCUACACUCAUCCGCCUUUGCUCUAAGAGGUGGCCGUCCUACGGCCUACAGGGGAACUUUAAAUGGCCAUCUUGCGGGUCUUUUGACCCCGAUAUUCUACGGGAACUAGCUAACUUUUGCCACCGUUCUGCUAAAUGGAAAGAAAUGAUGUAUAUUAUGGCAUUCUUUUACAUGGCUUUAAAAACAAAUCCUUCUACUGUCUCUCAGUGCUCACCUGCUCACAUGUUCUUAGCAAUGCCGCCCCACCCGGAACCUCCUGCUCCUGCUAUGGACCCCGCGGACGAACCUCCACCUCCCCGGCCUCGCGGGGCUACUCCUUCCCGUUCUGCCAGAUCUAACGAUGGUUCUUCCAUUCCCCUUUCCUCCAAAGUUUCUUUUAGGCACAGAAAAUCCUCCUCCAGGUCACCUAACCGUUCUCCGUCUAGUUCCCCAACAGGCUCCCGUUCUGGAUCUACAGGGAUUUCGCCCAGUUCCUCCGAGGAGGCUUCCACCCGCCCCCGCCGAUCCCGGGAGCGAUCCCGGGAGCGGCUGGAAAAUUCUCCCCACCCCCACCACAGGUCGCAUGGGGGGGUGGAGGCUUCCACCCGCCCCCACCGCAGGACAUACAGACAGUCGGGAACGUCUUCGGAUUCUUCCCCAUCCCCCUCCCGCCCCGUCCCUAGGCCGCGAUCUUCCAAAGCCCCUCUGGGCGGCUCCACUCCCGCCCACCGCCUUGCACCUUCUUUCACCCCUCCGCUCACACGCUCGCGUGCUGCGGAGUCUGACGCUGGUCAAGUCAGACCAGCCACCGUUCUGCCCUUGCGGGAGGUGGCUGGGGCAGAGGGUGUAAUGAGAGUCCACGUUCCGUUCGCCUUAUCGGAACUCUCACAUAUUUCUAAGUUACUCGGGUCAUACACGGCUAAUCCCACCAAUUUCACAAAGGAGUUUCAAUAUUUAACCCAAUCUUAUAACCUAACUUACCAUGACAUUUUUAUGAUCCUGUCUAAUAACUUGCUUCCCGAGGAGCGCAGGCGGGUUUGGGAGCAAGCGAGACUCCAUGCUGAUGAAGUCCACCAAACCUUAGCCUCCCACCCUCCGGGGGCAGAGGCGGUGCCAGACCAGGAACCCCACUGGGAUUAUAAUUCCCCUGGGGGCAUUCUGGCCAGAGACCGGUUCCUAACUUGCCUCAUGAUAGGGCUCCGCAAGGCUGCCCUUAAACCAGUAAACUAUUCUAAACUUGCAGAAAUUUUUCAGGACACUAAGGAAAAUCCUUCCGCAUUCCUUGACCGCCUUACCAAAGCCAUGUUACAGUUUACGAACAUGGAUCCAGAAUCCACUGAGGGCAGACAGCUUCUAAUGACCCAUUUCUUUAACCAGUGCUACCCGGAUAUCAAAGCCAAGCUCAGACGUUUUGAAAAGGGUCCCCUAACCCCACAAGCACAGGCUCUGGAGGUGGCCUUCAAAGUGUACCACGCCAGGAACGACAAGGCUCGCAACCACUGCCACGUGAUAACCGCGCCUGCCCGGCCAGCAGAGGUGACAGACUCGACCCGUCCUGUUCGUGCUGCCCCCCCACCUCCCGGGGUGCGUGAGCCACCGGGCCCAUGCUUCAAGUGUGCAUCCUAACGGUGACCCAGCUACUCAAGAGCCAGACAAAUACAAUCUCCAAGCAGAUGUAAUCUCCAGACAGAUGCGAUUUCUUCAAUCAGCCACUUGAUGCCAGCGGACAAAACAUCGAUAUGACAUCAGGACAACCGGACGCUCCCCGGACCCCUCGACGCCCAAAGUCAGCAGGAAGCAGUCAUGAGAGACCGGGCUACGCCCCUAUUCCCUACCCGUUAAGACCCUCAACCCCCCCCUCAAUUUUUUUUUAAUAAAACCAAAAGGGUGGAAUGCUGUUCCUUUGGAGACAAGGCCACGCGUGCGCAGAAAAUACAGUCUCCAAGCGGACUACAAAGCGGACUACAAACCCCAGUGGUACAAUGGAAAACUACGCACGCGCAAGGACACUUUUUCCCAAAAUGCCCAGAGCCCUUUAAAAAUGGGCGUUCCAACCCGCCCGCUCUCUCUCGCCCGCCUCUCACUCUCUCCCCUCCCUUUUUCCUUUCGUCUCUUCACUCCCGUUCCUUGUAUGUUACCCUCCCCCAUUAAAGUUUACCC